AGUCACACGCCAGUCGCGUGUUAGCAGGUCGGCUAGCUUAACUAGCGUCCGCAGCGCGAACCUGUAGUUCUUCAGUCCGAGCUGCGCGUGAGCCCCGGUGAGCCGCAAUAUGUUCAGAGCCGCCCUUCGACUCUCAGUCUCCGGUGCUCGGAGUUUAACAAGGUCACGGCCGCAAUAUACAGCUUCAGUAGCUGCUCGUUCUUAUUCCCAUGGCAAACAGGAGACAGAUGAAGAGUUUGAUGCCCGCUGGGUCACUUACUUCAACAAGCCAGACAUCGAUGCUUGGGAGCUGAGGAAAGGAAUGAACACUUUGAUCGGUUAUGACUUGGUACCUGAGCCAAAGAUCCUGGAGGCAGCCCUGAGAGCGUGUCGGAGGCUAAACGAUUUGGCCAGUGCCAUCCGCAUCCUUGAGGCAGUCAAGGACAAAGCUGGCCCACACAAAGAAAUCUACCCCUACGUUCUUCAAGAGCUGCGGCCUGCCCUCAAUGAGCUUGGUAUCCCUACACCUGAGGAGCUUGACAUUGACAAAGCAUAGAUGUCUGUGAUUGUAAGUCUUCCAGGAGACUGCUGCUCUUCUCUGGACUGAGUAGACCACUGUACUUGAAGUCUUUGCCUCGUGUCAUGGUGUUUGUGUUAUAUUUAACUGGCCUUUAUUAUGUUCUUUUGCUUGUAAAAUAUUGAUGGACCUAAUAAAGGGAGAUUUAUCUUUAC